AUGUCAUCAUCUAAAGUGUUACCGCUUUAUUCCAAGAGCGAUUUGGCUAGCCAUGCCAAGAAGGAUGAUUGCUGGGUUUCUUUAUACCAGAGAAAGAUCUAUAACGUGACUGCGUUUUUGGACGAGCACCCAGGUGGUCCUGAGUAUCUCUUGGAGCACGCUGGUAAGGAUAUCACCGAAGUGAUGAAGGACAGUGCUAUCCAUGAACACAGCGAGUCUGCUUACGAGAUCAUGGACGAAUCUUACUUGGUUGGAUAUUUGGCUACCGAGGAAGAAGAAAAGAAACUUUUGACCAACAAAGAUCAUGUUGUCGAAGUGAAUUUGAAGGGCGAUGCUGAGUUCGACUCUACCACUUUUGUGAAGGAACUGCCAACCGAAGAUAAGCUAAGUGUCGCCACCGAUCCUACCAGUGAUUAUAAGAGACACAAGUUUUUGGACUUGAACAAGCCAUUGUUAUGGCAGGUCAUGUUCGGCAACUUGACGAAAGACUUCUACUUGGAUCAAGUUCAUAGACCAAGACAUUAUGGUAAGGGAUCUGCUCCAUUGUUCGGGAACUUUUUGGAACCAAUUUCAAAGACUGCAUGGUGGGUUGUGCCAACGGUUUGGCUCCCUGUGGUGAUUUACCACAUCCACAAGGCAUUAGUCAACAUGAACCAACCUUUCGCCGUGUUUUUGUUUGGUCUAGGUGUGUUUGUGUGGACUCUAAUUGAAUACUGUUUGCAUAGAUUCUUGUUCCAUUUGGAUGCACGUCUUCCAGAUAACAAUGCCGCUCUAACGCUGCAUUUCUUAUUGCAUGGUGUCCACCACUAUUUGCCAAUGGACAAGUACAGAUUGGUUAUGCCUCCAACACUAUUUGUUGUUUUGUGUACUCCCUUCUACAAAUUGGUGUUUGCGCUCUUGCCAUACUACUGGGCUUGUGCUGGUUUCGCCGGUGGUUUAUUCGGCUACGUGUGUUACGACAUGACCCAUUACUUCUUGCAUCACGCAAAACUACCACCUUACAUGCGUAAGUUGAAGAAAUACCAUUUGGAACAUCACUACAAGAACUACGAAUUAGGCUUCGGUGUCACUUCUUGGUACUGGGAUAAGGUUUUCGGAACUUACCUAGGUCCAACUGCCCCACUAUCUAAGAUGAAGUACGAAUGA